AUGAGCUAUUCUAAUCAAAGCAUGGGUUCUGGUAGUAGAAGUGCAAGGGGAUAUGAGUUUGGAAGGACUUAUGUUGUGAGGCCUAAAGGAAAGCACCAAGCUACUAUUGUUUGGUUGCAUGGUCUUGGUGAUAAUGGCUCAAGCUCGUCUCAGCUCCUAGAGAGCAUGCCUCUUCCAAACGUAAAAUGGAUUUGCCCAACUGCUCCCUCUCGUCCUGUUUCGCUUCUAGGUGGAUUCCCUUGCACUGCCUGGUUUGACGUGGGUGAAAUAUCUGAGGAUCUUCAUGAUGAUAUUGAAGGAUUAGAUGCUUCAGCUUCACACAUUGCUAACCUCUUAUCAAGCGAACCCACAGAUAUCAAAGUUGGGGUAGGAGGUUUCAGUAUGGGUGCAGCAAUAGCUCUAUACUCCACGACGUGCUACGCUUUGGACGUUAUGGAACAGGACAUCCUUAUACUAUAA